AUGAUUGCCAACGAGGAGGGCCUCUCACGAGCCAUCCUGGGCAACCUGCCGGACAGGGCCUGCCAGCUGAUCCGCGGGGGCGAUUUGAGCGGGGGUGAACUGGUUGUGCUGGAGGACGCCAUCGCCAGGCCUUCUUACAAGGACAUCGCGGCGAACUUUGUGUGGCUGCGCCCUGUAGUGGAGGCGUACCCAGAGCGGGUACCCUCCGGGUUCUUCCUCACGGACGUGUUCCUCAGCCUCGACGAGAUGUUCGAUGGGAAGCUCCUUCAGGUGCAGAUCGAGCCGGGCGCGACGCAGAUGGCCGUUCGGAACGCCAAGGUCACCUUCUCUGCCCGUGAGGCCAACCGACUGAAGAAGCUGGUAGGCAGCCUUCGCUACCUCAACCGCAACAGCCGCCGAUCGCACGAUCACCGGGUGAGCGAGCUGAAGGCCUUGCUGAAGCCGUCGCCCAACAGGCAGCGCCAGAACCAGGCUGAGCCUGAGAGCAGCGGCAACGAGGAGGGCGCUGACAACGAGAGCAGCAGCGACGACAGUGACAGCGAGUCCGAGCACGAGGAGCCGGACACAGAGGAGAGCGAGGUGCAGGAGGGAACGGACGCUGGUGAGGAAGAGGAAGGCCGGCGCGACGGCGACGCGGCCCUUGAGGAUCCCUGCGCGACGAGCGGCGAGGACAUGCGGGACGGCUCGGACUCUGGCGAGGCGGGCGUGAUCUCCGAGGACGACGGGGAGUCGCUUGGAAGUGUUCCUGAAGGCCAUGGCCGGGAGAUCACAGAGCUGGAGAGGGCCAUGCACAGCCCGACGCUGAGCCCGCAGUUCGACUCCGAGUCGGAGGAGCGAGGUGAGGAGCUCAUCAAGGAGACGCUGAACGAGGAGAGGCAGCGGAUCGAGGACACACAGCCGAUCGAGGAGACGCAGCUGCACGAGGAGACGCAGCGGAUCGAGGAGACGCAGCUGCACGAGGAGACGCAGCGGAUCGAGGAGACGCAGCUGCACGAGGAGACGCAGCGGAUCGAGGAGACGCAGCUGCACGAGGAGACGCAGCGGAUCGAGGAGACGCAGCUGCACGAGGAGACGCAGCUGCACGAGGAGACGCAGCUGAACAACGACGACAGUGACGAGGGCGACAGCUCUCAGGAGACCUUGCCCUUGCCAGGCGCCGGGGCGGCGGCCUUGCUGGAGGGCAACAGUGAUGAUGGCGACAGCGAUGACAGCUCGUUUGACGGUUCCCCGGUCAAACGGCUGGAGGACCUCUACGACGUGGAGGAGUGCGAGGAUGGUUCGGAGCCGGAGUCGGUUCUGGGCAAGGCAUUGCAGCGGAAGAGGAGCUGCGAGGACCUGUCUACGAAGGAGAAGCCGGCGAAGCGAUCUAAGAGUGCGGCUGGAGCUGAGAAGGCUGAGCUGCUACCGGAGGGCGAGGCCGAGGGCUGUGCGCUCUGGCACGCGUCUACCCGUGAAGUGUUUCAGGACAUGGCGUUGUUGCGCACCGCCCUGAACAUGAUGGGGCUAGAGGAGAAAUCCAGCAAGGCGAAGCCAAAGGCCAAGGCCAAGGCCGACAAGACCGACGGCGCCAAGAAGUCGAAGGAGAAGAUGGAGAAGAAGGCGUCCUUCAAGCGGGGCGCUCCGAAGGGCACGAUCAAGAAGGACAAGAAGGAUCAGAAGGAUGAGAAAAAGACGGAGUACUGCGGGUACAACUUGGAGAACAUCCCCGCUUUGGCGCGACCUUCCCGGGACCGGGUUCACCGUGGGAAACACUCCUACACGGUGGAAUUUGAGCACGAAGGGCACACCAUUUACAUCGACGUGAUUGGCAUCUUGGUGGUGCUGCUCUUCAACCAGAAGGGUCUCCCGUUCUCCUCGGCGCUGGACCACGUGGAGACCUUUUCAGGGGAUAUGGCGGUCUCGCUGGGAGAAAUCCAGGAGGGGAGGCAAAAUGUGGUGGCCAUGGACAUCCGCUACGACGAGGUUGGGCAUAACAUCUUGCACCCGGUGGGCUUUCUGAACAUGCUGUACCAAACGUGCAGACUACGGGUUGGCGCAUCAACGCUAACUGCACCGGUUUGCUCUUCCUUUGUAUUCAUGUCUCGGGGUUCAACAGGGAGGAGUGCAUCAAACCCAACUGGAAAUCUUAAGGCUGAGUCGGUCAUAUCUGGAAAUUUGAUUCUUUGCCGCACCCUCAUUUUGCUGUGGGUCGCAGCAUCACUUGGCUGCUGGUGGGUACUUGAACAACCACAAGGAAGCUUGAUGCAGGAACACCCCUGCAUGCAGAAUUUCAUCGGCAAGGUCACUACUUUCCGGCACCGAAUUUCCAUGGGGCAGUACGGAGCUGGCUCAGAAAAGCCAACAUGGCUUUACAGUAGCCACCGGGAGAUGGAGAACAUCGGGGAUUUCAAGCCCGCGCGUGUGCCCCCAAAAACCGGCCGAGAGAUGGUGGUGCACUACGUUGACCGGGCAGGCAAGCCGCGGGUACAAGGGGGACGAGAUCUCAAAAAAAGCCAGUCCUACCCUUUGGGGUUUGGACGCGCCUUGGCACGCCUCCGAUCCCGGGACUGGAAGAUGAACCAGCAGAGGGCGAAGUCCUGGGUGCGUGGCAACUUGAAGAAGUUCAGGGAUGUGAAGCCCAACCAUGGGGCGAUGCCCCGCUUCGUGCUGAAGGAUGCAAUCCAGAAGGGCAACGAGGCGGAGCAUGGCACUCAACAGGGAAAGAAAGCAAAGAAGCAGCAAAGCCCUAUGGACAAGAGCAAGGACAAGAAGGAGAAGAAGCCAAAGGAGGCCGCUGAGACCCCCAUCCGCACAGACAUGAACAAGGGCAAGGAAACGAAGCCAAAGGAGGCCGCUCAGACCCCCACCCACGCGGACAAGAACAACAAGGAGAAGAAGCCAAAGGAGACCCCCAUCAACACGGACAAGAAGAAGGAGAAGAAGACAAAGGAGGCCGCUGAGACCCCCAUCCACACGGACAAGAGCAAGGACAAGGAGAAGAAGUCAAAGGAGGCCGCUCAGCCCCCCAUCAACACGGACAAGAAGAAGGAGAAGAAGCCAAAGGAGGCCGCUGAGACCCCCAACGCGGACAAGAACAAGGACAAGGAGAAGAAGCCAAAGGAGGCCGCUCAGACCCCCAACACGGAGAAGAACAAGGACAAGGAGAAGAAGCCAAAGGAGGCCGCUGAGACCCCCAUCAACGCGGACAAGAAGAAGAAGCCAAAGGAGGCCGCUGAGACCCCCAUCAACGCGGACAAGAACAAGGACAAGGAGAAGAAGCCAAAGGAGGCCGCUGAGACCCCCAUCAACGCGGACAAGAAGAAGAAGCCAAAGGAGGCCGCUGAGACCCCCAUCAACGCGGACAAGAACAAGGACAAGGAGAAGAAGCCAAAGGAGGCCGCUGAGACCCCCAUCAACGCGGACAAGAACAAGGACAAGGAGAAGAAGCCAAAGGAGGCCGCUGAGACCCCCAUCAACGCGGACAAGAACAAGGACAAGGAGAAGAAGCCAAAGGAGGCUGCUGAGAGCCCCAUCCACAUGGACAAGAACAAGGACAAGGAGAACAAGGACAAGGAGAAGAAGCCAAAGGAGGCCGCUGAGACCCCCAUCCAAUCCUCAAGCUCGCAAUGCUCUGCCCCAGCCACCCCAAGUCGCGGGUGUGAAAUUGAGUCCCAGUGCACGUAUUUUGAGGACAGCCUGGGCUCCCCCUCACCUUCCGUCGCUGACGACCUGGCUAGCCUCCAACAAGCUAUGCAACAUGCGCAGGACCUAGGACUUAGCUUGGAAGCCUACUUGCAGCGUCUCUCCGCGGAGGACUUGGAGAGGCAGGUGGAGGCGCGCAUGAGAAGCCUAAUGGCGGAGACUGAAGCAGAGGUUGGCCGAGAGGAUGGAUUGAGCGACGAGGAGAACGGCGCGAAUGGCGCAGAUAGGGAAGGAGAAAGGCAUGAGGAGGAGGGAGAGAGCGACGCGCAGAACGGUGCAGAGAGUGAAGGAGAUAGUGAUGAGGAGAGUGAGGAGAGGAAUGGUGAAGAGAACGACGGAGAGAACGGUGGAGAAAACGAUGAGGAGAGUAGCGACGAGGAGCAGGAGGCAGCUGGCGAAAAAGACGAAUCAGACGCGGCUCAGCUAGCUGAGAUCGCGGAAGCAGUGAGUAGCAGCAGCGAGGAGGAGCAGGAAGCAGCGAAGAGCAAGAGCGAUAGCGAGGCUGACGGCGAUGAGGAUGAGAGCUCCUCAGACGAAGAGCCCAUCAAGCCGCAGGCAAGCCAGGGCAGCAACCCGCAGAUCACGCAGCUGGUGAAGGCAGCCACCCAGGCGGAGGACGAAACAAAGUUCCAGCUGGCAAAUAGCGCCUAG